UCCACAGCUUGUCGGGAGGUGGCGUUCCUGUAUGCCCUGACCUCAGCUGCGGUGACCCACACCGUGACCCGAGCCUGCACUGAGGGCACCAUUGAUUCCUGCAACUGUGAUUAUCGUGCCAAGGGACCGUCAGGACUCGACUGGGAGUGGGGCGGCUGCUCCGACAACAUCGACUUCGGGAACAAGUUCGCAAGACUCUUCGUCGACGCUGGCAUGAAGGGUAGGGACCCUCGCUUCCCCAUCGACCUACACAACAACGAAGUCGGUAGACUGCAUGUGAAAGACAACAUGAGAAAAGAAUGUAAAUGCCACGGUAUGUCUGGCUCCUGUACCGUCAAGACGUGUUGGUGGAGACUCCCCUACUUCAGAAGGGUGGGCGACGCCCUAAAGGACCGCUUCGACGGGGCCUCGCGGGUGCUGGUGAAGAACGUAGGCAACCCGCGCACGCCCAACGACCGACGGCCCAAUCGCAGACGUAAGAGCAAGCGACGGAAGAGGAAAUCUUACAGGCUUUUCAAGCCGUUUAAUCCAGAACACAAGCCUCCCUCCAAGAAAGAUCUUGUCUACCUGGAGGAGUCUCCGGACUUUUGUGUCAGGAACCGUCAACUGGGUAUCAUCGGCACUCGAGGCAGAGAGUGUAACAACACCAGCAUAGGUGUAGACGGCUGUGACCUCAUGUGUUGUGGCCGGGAGUACGAGACUCGAGUGCUCGAGGUGGAGGAAAGGUGCUCCUGCACCUUCCAGUGGUGUUGUGUGGUCAAGUGUAAGACGUGCAAGUAUAUGAAAACGGUCCAUACCUGCUCCUAGUGCCCCCCUGCACACACACACACACAUACACACCUGCUUCCCACACCUGUGUGAUUUUCCCACGGUGACAUGUGUGUGUGUCUCUCCCUCCUCAGUGACAUUGAAAGGAUGGCACAUAAACGCGUCUAAUAAGCCGGAAUCUUAGCUAUUAAGACGCUGUAAAUGUGACGUUCGCUACAAUAAUAACCCGAAAACCUUUGUAAAUAUGGAAGACAAUGCCCCCGCAGAGCAAAAUGAAUAGUGUAAAUAGGUAAUGACCAAUUUGUAAAUAUAGAAAACUCGCUCUAGUUCAGGUGUGUGUGUGUAAGUGUGUAAAUAUAUCAACACUUCAAGACACCUGAUAUCAACAAGUCAAAGAGAAAACGUCCGCUGAAGGAUAAAGAAAAUGCAUAGAUAAACUAAAUGCAAAUAAAUGCAGUUUUUGGAUACAUCAAGAAGAAAAUAUUAAGCUGUGAGCUCGUCUAAGGAGGUGUAGUUCGUGUUAAGCUCCUCACUAACGGUCGUUAGAGGUCGUUUAAGGAGACAGGUGAUCUGACGACGUCUUGAUGGGCUAAUUGACAAGUGUUUCUGUCACCUCCCACGCGGUGUCAAGACGGGCCACGUGUACCAAGAUAGACCACGUACAUCAAGAUAGACCACGUACAUCAAGAUAGACCACGUACAUCAAGAUAGAUAGACCACGUAUAUCAAGAUAGACCACGUACAUCAAGAUAGAUAGACCACGUAUAUCAAGAUAGACCACGUAUAUCAAGAUAGAUAGACCACGUACAUCAAGAUAGACCACGUACAUCAAGAUAGAUAGACCACGUAUAUCAAGAUAGACCACGUACAUCAAGAUAGAUAGACCACGUAUAUCAAGAUAGACCACGUAUAUCAAGAUAGACCACGUAUAUCAAGAUAGACCACGUACAUCAAGAUAGACCACGUACAUCAAGAUAGACCACGUACAUCAAGAUAGACCACGUAUAUCAAGAUAGACCACGUAUAUCAAGAUAGACCACGUAUAUCAAGAUAGACCACGUAUAUCAAGAUAGACCACGUAUAUCAAGAUAGACCACGUACAUCAAGAUAGACCACGUACGUCAAGAUAGACCACGUACAUCAAGAUAGACCACGUAUAUCAAGAUAGAUAGACCACGUAUAUCAAGAUAGACCACGUAUAUCAAGAUAGACCACGUAUAUCAAGAUAGACCACGUACAUCAAGAUAGACCACGUAUAUCAAGAUAGAUAGACCACGUACGUCAAGAUAGACCACGUACAUCAAGAUAGACCACGUACAUCAAGAUAGACCACGUAUAUCAAGAUAGAUAGACCACGUAUAUCAAGAUAGACCACGUAUAUCAAGAUAGACCACGUAUAUCAAGAUAGAUAGACCACGUAUAUCAAGAUAGACCACGUACAUCAAGAUAGACCACGUAUAUCAAGAUAGACCACGUAUAUCAAGAUAGACCACGUACAUCAAGAUAGACCACGUAUAUCAAGAUAGACCACGUAUAUCAAGAUAGAUAGACCACGUACAUCAAGAUAGACCACGUACAUCAAGAUAGACCACGUAUAUCAAGAUAGACCACGUACAUCAAGAUAGACCACGUACGUCAAGAUAGACCACGUACAUCAAGAUAGAUAGACCACGUACAUCAAGAUAGACCACGUACGUCAAGAUAGACCACGUACGUCAAGAUAGACCACGUAUAUCAAGAUAGACCACGUACAUCAAGAUAGACCACGUACAUCAAGAUAGACCACGUACAUCAAGAUAGACCACGUACGUCAAGAUAGACCACGUACAUCAAGAUAGAUAGACCACGUACAUCAAGAUAGACCACGUACGUCAAGAUAGACCACGUACAUCAAGAUAGAUAGACCACGUACAUCAAGAUAGACCACGUACAUCAAGAUAGACCACGUACGUCAAGAUAGACCACGUAUAUCAAGAUAGACCACGGGCGUCUCACUCCAAAUCCGGUUAAGCAAUAACUACCGAAAUACGGUUAAUAGAGUAGUUCAUUCAUGCCUACUUACAUGAAAAUACGUAAAUACGAAAACUAAUACGCCAAAAAUAUCCAAACUAGAUUCCACUCUAGAGAACUUUUGUAGCUUAUUAAAGGAAAAAUAUCUAUCUUUUGGUUUCUAAAGAUAACAUGUCUGGAUGCGAUAUCUAUGAGUGAGCAGGAGUGUGGUUGGAACGAUAGCCAACCAGUAUUGUGGCCGUGACCGUAGAAUCGCCAACUGUCAGCCAGUUAGCGAUAUCGCUCGCAAAUAUACAUUGCGGUAUACACAGCAAAAAUAUAUCGCGAAAUUACUGUUCAAUUCGCUGUAUAUAAAGCGAUCUAUGAUGUCAACAAAGGUCCCCAUAACACAGUGUUUACUCAAGCCGACAGACCUAUUGUGCUCUCAGACCCCCUUCAAGGUCUGCGGGUUCACCCUAUGCCCCUGUUACCUAGCAGUAAAAAAGGUACCUGGGUGUUAGUCAGCUGUCACGGGCUGCUUCCUGGGGGUGGAGGCCUGGUCGAGGACCGGGCCGCGGUGACUCUAAAGCCCUGAAAUCAUCAUCUCAUCUCAAGAAGAAGGUGAAGCUUGGACUUGGAAAGGUGACCCAAGAUCACAGAAUGCUCAAGGACUCGAGCAAGGACUCGAGCAGAGUCACCCACCAAACCACUCAUAAAAAAACUCACAAUGCAGUUCAUCUCACACAAUAAACUGUCAAAAAAAAAGAGCCACUAGCAUCACUGAUUAGAAUGUAUUCCUCGGUGUUCUGCUCGAGUGGUGAUAAGCCGUGUAUUGAUUAGCUUACCACCUGGACAUUGCUCGAAUGCCCGCGACCAAGUUCAAGAAAAAUGGUACAUGCCAUUUUUUUUUACCAGUGAGGGAAUUGAGUGUGGAGAUGGAGGCUGGAACUGCCCUAGAGGAGCUCUCAUACAGGCUCGCCCUCAUUAGGGUCUCAACAACCUAUAAUGAACAACCCAGCGGGUUUUCUUCCUAUUGGGGAGUGUUGAACAUGCUGGUAUGGGGCGGUGUGUCCACUCACAGGA